UUAUCUAACAAAAUGCUGUAGAAAAUUAAGAGCUUCUAAACUUUAUUGUUAGCUUAAACUUUGAAUGAUCUCUUGUUAUUUGCUGCUGUUUGUUGUAUAUCUACAAAAUGGCCGUGGGUGGUGCAAAACGUGCUCUUCUUUUGAUUCAUAUACUCAGUGUUGCCGGCAAUGGAUACAGUUCUGUACAAGAGAACAACCACGGGAAUGAUGAUCAUGAACAUCGGAAAAAGUUGAUAUUUUCACUCAAAAGUGGGUUUGUAAUAGGUUAUGUCUUCUCUUCGGUUUCCAUUAUAACUAUUUUCAUGUCCUAUUGUGUGCCUUGGGCUCGUCUCAUCAAGAGGAAAGGGAAAGAGGUGACGAUGAAGACACCAAUGAUGACAUCUUUGAUGGAAAGGCAAGAGAUGAAGAGAAAAGAAGCCAACGUGCAGAAUUCGGAGUUGGAGAAGUUGGUUACAAGAACAAGUUUCGCGGCACUCAAUAUUGCCACUCGCAGUUUUGACCAAGACAAUGUCAUCGGAGUCGGAAAGAUGGGGACAAUGUACAGGGCAGCGCACCCUUAUGAUUGUUUCACUGCGGUUAAGAGAUUACAUGACUCUCAACCUUUAGGGAAACAGUUCUAGCCAAGUUCAGACACAUGAACAUAAUUCCACUACUGAGAUUCUGCAUAGAAUCCGGGGAAAGGCUUUUGGUGUACAAAUAUAUGCCAAAUGGGAACCUUCAUGAUUGGUUACAUUCUGUGAAAUGCAACGCUGAAAAACUGGACUGGCAUGUCAUCAGGGUUAAAAUCGCCAUCGGAGUAGCCCGAGGCUUGGCAUGGCUUCAUGAUUUUAACAACUUCCUAAUAGUUCAUCUUGACAUAUGCUCAAGGAGCAUCUUGCUGGAUAAAUAUUUUGAACCGAAGAUAUCAAAUUUUGGAGGGGCAAUGCACAGGAGCUCAAAUGACAAGGGCUUAAUUGCAAGUAAUAAGGUAGGUGAACUGGAAUUAAUCAAGCAGGAUGUCUAUCAAUUUGGUGUUCUUCUUCUUGAGCUAAUUGCAGUUCAUGAUCCUGACCAUAACAGUAAAUAAUCUCACACUCUAGAGGAGAAUUUGUUUGAACGAAUCGCUCAUCUAUCGAGCAGUUCUUCUGGCCUCUAUCAUGCUGUUGAUAAAUCUCUUCUUGGUCAAGGAUUUGAUGGUGAAAUACUUCAUUUUCUGAAGAUCGCAUCUAGCUGUAUUCAUCCCAUUCUAGAUCGAAGGCCAACGAUGCUUCAAGCAUUCCAAAUGUUAAUGGUUCUCAGGGAGGGAGAGAGAGAGAUUCAUCGAAAAUCCUAAGCUAUUGGAUCAACUGACUAGUCGCUGCUAAUUAAGGUGAUGAUAGCAUUGAGCUGGAGUCAGCAGAAACAAAGUGAAACAGCAGAUGUGUGUCUGCUAUAUAAUAUCGUUGCUAAAGUUUCUGGUUUUGUAAGUGAAACAAUACAGAUAUGGCCUCAUUGCUAAAGUUCUCUUUGGGAGUGUUAUUGGAAGGCACUUUUCCAAAUUCGUAAUUUUUUUCUUUUAAUAAAAAUUUCAAAUUAAUAUAUUUUUUU